UGAGGGGUCACGCGUUUGUGGGCACUGCCACCCAGUGGGGGCCCUACACACAAGAUCACACCGCAGGUGAGCAUAUGCUGAGUCGGUACGCGUCUCGGAGAUGGCUAAAGUGAAUCCACGGGACAUGCGUUCGACGAUCACGGCAGACACUACGUGGGCAAACCAGCCUGGUGUGAACACCGGCGCCCGCCGCCUGACGGGGCGGGGCGAGCGCGCUGAUGGGCAGGCCGCGGCUCGCGCCUUUCGCUAGCUCCGCCCCCACGCCUAUCGUGCGCGCCAAUGCCGUGGGCCGCCGCCAGGGGCCGCUGUGGCGCCCGCGCGGCCCGCCGCCUCACUCCUGUCUAAAAUGGCGGCGGCCACGCUACUUCGGGGCGCUGCUCCCGGACUCGGCUUGCCGGCUGGGCGGUGGAGGCUCCCCGUGGUCCUGAGGCGCCGCUGGGCUUACGGCUCUGAUCGUCCCAGCGGCGGCCCAGCCAAAGACACCACUUGGACUUGCUUCCCGUUGGAGGAGCGCGCCCUGCUGCGCGUGCACGGCCCAGACGCGGCACCCUUCCUGCUGGGAUUGCUGACCAAUGAGCUGCCGCUUCCGGAUCUCGCGGAAGGUGUGACUCAUCCUGCUGUCCGCUCGGUCUACGCCCACUUCCUGAACGUCCAGGGCCGGACGCUCUACGACGUCAUCUUGUACGGGCUGCCAUCGCCACCUGCUUUCCUCCUGGAGUGUGACCGCCCUGUGUUAAGUGAACUGCAGGAGCACCUGCUACGCUACAGGGUCCGGCGGAAGGUCACAGUUGAACUGUUCACCGAGCUGUGUGUAUGGGCAGUGCUGCCCAGCUCCCCUGAGGCUGGUGAUGUGCUGCUGCCCAAGGAGGCUGGGACUCCCACCAUCCUCACCCCGGAUCCCCGGACCAUACGCAUGGGCUGGCGGCUCCUCACCUGUGACAUGGCUCCAUCUCUACUGCCUGGUGGUCACCUUGGGGCCCUCCGGGAAUAUCACCGGCACCGGUACCUGCAAGGUAUUCCUGAGGGCAUCCGUGACCUGCCCCCGGGCAUGGCCCUGCCCCUGGAGUCCAACCUUGCCUUCAUGAAUGGCGUCAGCUUCACCAAGGGCUGCUACGUGGGCCAGGAGCUGACUGCCCGCACCCACCACACUGGCGUCAUCCGCAAGCGUCUCUUCCCUGUGCGGCUAUCGGGCCGGCUGCCUGCUAGUGGCCUGGUCCCUGGCUCCGUUGUGUUGACUGCAACGGGACAGCCAGCGGGCAAGUUCAGGGCAGGCCUGGAGGAUGUGGGGCUGGCUCUGCUUUGGUCAGAGCGUAUCAGUGGCCCUCUGCAUGUUCCCACCACUGAGAGCUGCUCAGUGGCUCUUACUGCAGCGGUGCCAGACUGGUGGCCUGUGGCAGCAAAGUGAGUCUGAUUCUGCUGGGACCUACCAUGCUGGUGAAUAUCAACCAGGGCUCGAGCCCUGUUGGCCUGCCAUGUAUGGGCAGCAGGAGCUCCCCUGGGGAUGGCAGAUGCUGGAAUGCAUUGAAGUUACCCAGGCCCCUGUUGGGACUGACUCUGGUGUGGAUGAACUGUGACUAGGCAACCCUGCUUGACUGGGUUGGAGGCUGGUUGCAGAGCCGGCCCUGGCUGGGGUUUCUGCUGUGCUUGGGCAGUGCUCUGUGGGGUAGGCCAGGCCAUGGAGGCCUAUAGAGGGGCACCCUCUGGGGAGGACUGGGGCUGUGUUUCUAGUGCACCUGUGCCCUGAAGCCUUGCUUUGGGGCUCUGCAGCUGCCGGGGUAGGGGGCACUCCUGGGGAAGGGCUUUCUGGUGAAUGACCUGUGGUCUCUCUGUGGAGGGGGAGGAGCUUGCCUUCCUGGGUGGGUGGGAGGCUCACCUUGACCUUGAGUGGAUAUUAAAGUGUGGCCUUGC